GGAACAUAAAUAAAACAGUAAAAAGUAAUUAAGAUAAGUAAGAUUUUUAAUUACAGCAAAGUCAAGCAGAAAAUGAGCUAGUAAUAUCAAAACAUGACCUUAAAAAUUACUCAGUUUGGUUUGAAAAUUGCUUUAUUCUUUUUAAGAUUUCCAGUAAAAGCCGUGCCACCAGAAUAUUGUCUCUAUAAACUGAACACCAGUGAUUGUCAGGGAACUCCUACACCAGUUUUCUCCUACUACAAACCAGGAUCCAGAUGUGAAAUAGAGAUAUGGAGAGGAUGUCCCACCUACAACAAAUUUGACAAUGAGUAUUUGUGCUCUCAUUAUUGCAUUUACAACUUUUUAAAACCUACUCUUACUACUCCUAUGGUGAGCUAUGAUGGAGCAGAACAGUGUUCGCACUCCGUUACUCAGACUUGCAAGUCCGGUCCACAGAACAUUGCAUACACAUUCAACGAAACGAAACAAGAAUGUUUACCCCUGAUCUGGGGAGAAUGCAAAACACCUAAUAUUUUUAAAGAGAAAGACGAAUGCAUCGACACCUGUACGGGUGAUUGGAAAAAUGAAGUGCUUAAUCUGACAGAAGAUGAGUUCGAAGAUAUAGACGAAGUUCUGUCGAACUUCAUGACGCCUAACACAACAACUGCGAAAAAAUUAAAAUUAUUGGAUGAAAUUAAUUCCACCUCACCAAUGAAAACGACCAAGGAAGAAACUACUCUCGAAAUGACUACACCAGUAUCAGUAGUAACUGAAGAAUCAACGACUAAAGAAGUCACAACAGAAGAAGUGACAACAGAAGAAGUCACAAAUGAAGUAGUAACAAUAGAAGAAGUUACAACUACGCAGGCAACUACCGAAAAACUGACCCCAGAAAUAGAAACAGAAAAACCUACUACAGAAGAGUCUACAGUUACAACGACGGUACCAACGAGUACACGAAGAAUUAGGACGAGGGGUACAGAUUAUGUGAGUGAAGUACAGUUACCAGAUUAGAUAACAAUAGGUUUCCAUACUUUGGUUACAUCAAAUAAAAUCCCCUUGGAACUAAACAUCUUGUUCCAAUUUAAUCGUAUAUUUGCAUAAUCUUCAUUUUAUUUAUGCUCUAUGGUUACUAGCGGCUACAUGAAUUGUUGUAGGCGUUCAUGCAUAAUUUUAAGUUUUUACACCUAAAAUACUGUUAGUAAAUUUAAAUACGACCGCAAUUAUAUACAAUAUCAUUGUAAAUUUUAGUAAACGAGAAAAAACUUGUUGUGUUAGUGAAGAAUGCAAGCGGCGUAAUUAUUUCAGUAGGUUAAUUAUAAUAAUAAAAUUAUAUUUCAUUCGUAUAAUUAACAUGGUACACUUAUAAACGUCGAAACAAAAUUAAAUAAUUCCAAAACCAUAUUUAACAAAAUUUAACGCUUACAAACAGCAUGUAGACUCUAUGGUCUGCAGUCGAUGUAAUGAAAUGGAGAAGAAAUGUACCGCGUGGUUCAUACUUUAAAAAUGAUCGGGAGCUAAAGAAUUUUCAUUGCUGCUGUAAAAAGAAGCGAUUAAACACAGAGGAGAAAGUCCAAGCAAAUAAAAUGGCAUUCCUAAAGAAUCUAGAGCAGCUACGGCAUACAGCUGUCAAUAUGAUAAAAUCUAUAAUACGAUAAUCGCCAGUUUUGAUAUUCUAUAAUUGACAGUAUAAUACAACGAUAAGAUUUAUUUUAAUAGAACAGUAUUGUAUCGAUUUCGAUACUGGCAAUUCAACGGGAACAAUUUAUUAUCUUUACAUUUAAUUAAGUAAUAAUGAAAUACAGUAGCUAUUAAGAUUCCCCGUGAUUAGAGUCGACCAUAAAUU